UUUCUUAAAGGUACAGUUAUAUGCAUCUGAUGAUAAUUGCACUUCGAGUAUGACUUCAUUUGACUUCAGUAGCACAUUCCCAGCCAGGGAAUCCCGUACAUGGAAAACUACAAGGUUUGCCGGGUCAGAGAUGCAAAUACAAUGUGGAUUUGUGAAUUACCCUCAGCUAAAAGUUCUCCUGAGCAUAAAAAGUUUAAGCAGUUUGAAAAGCAUCUUAAUGCCUUUUUCAAUAAAGCCUUUAAAGGACUACCAGAAAAUGUACUAAGUGAUGAGACAGAAGAGAUUGUUAUUGUCUUUCAUGAUGGCCAAUACUUUAGAGGUAAAAUAGAAAAUAUCACAAAUCAAAAAAGAAAUCAGAUUGUACAAGUUUUCCUUCUAGACUAUGGAACAGUUCUGAGGACUGAUCUCCAAUUAUGGGACACUGCGGGGCAAGAGAGAUUUCGGAGAUCAAUGGUACAACACUAUUACCGCAAUGUCCAUGCCGUUGUCUUUGUGUACGAUGUCACAAGAAUGUCAUCAUUUCAGUCAUUACCCUUGUGGAUUGAAGAGUGCAACAUGAAUAGCCUUAGCUAUAACAUUCCAAGAAUCCUGGUAGGAAAUAAGUGUGAUUGCAAAGAUCAACUGGCUGUGCCAACAAAUGUGGCCCAGCGAUUUGCAGACCAACACAGUAUGCCGCUUUUUGAAACCUCGGCCAAGGAUGACUGUGACUGUGACCAUGUUGAAGCAAUAUUCUUGACUUUGGCUCAUAAACUAAAGGCAUCGAAGCCAAUGAUGCCCAUCGAUCCAUCACAGUUUCUUCCUGAAGACCUUCAUCGAGCAGAGGUGGUUUCCAUUGGCCGAGAAAGGAACGGAAUGGAAGUUGAAUCCUCAAGCUCUUGUUACUGCUGAUAUUCGUGCAGAUAUGUAAAGUAUAGUUGUUAAUAAUUUGCAUAGCUAUAUUAUUGCCCAUAAUGUACAUUGUUGACAAUCUUCGAGUCUGAACUUCCUGAUGAGAAGUGAAGUUGCAGAAAUCCAUUCCUCAGAGAUUUUAUUUUUUGUGAAAUGCAGGUCUUCCUGAUAAACUGUCACAGAGUCAGUCUGGUCAUUUUAAAGUUGUAUGUGAUGUCACGUUGAAGUGACAGAUUAUUUUUCUAAUGAGUGUGGUAAGUGUUUGUGACACGUAUGCUUUUCCUCUUUGAAAAUUUGUGGUUGUAUCUUGCACUGAGUUUUACAUUCGCACAUCCAAUCUGUUCUGUGGUAUAGGAAAUUCUUAUUGUUGAUAAAGUAAUUGACUUAGGAAAACCUAUCUAUUUUGAAGCAAUUCCAAGGAACUUCUGGCUCUGAUAUGCUGUUUUGUAAAUAUUUUGGUUGAUAAAUCCAAACUUCCCUGUCCUAAAAUACAGUGCUUAGCACAGUACAUUAUCAUUCAUACACACUAUUCCGUUAUGCAUCAGCAGUGUAGUCUUAACCACUCAAAUGUGCAGAAAUAUCUUUAAAAAUACUAAUUUACUGUAAUUCCUAGUUUCUAUUGUUUAAUUUUAAAUAGGUCCUCUGGGCACAUAUAUACAACAAUCCCAUUAGAUUCUGUAGGAUUAAAGGAAGCCUUGAAAGCAUUCAGUGUGGCCAUGUUGAGAACCUAUUGUGAAUAUGCUUGAAAGUUCAGAGUUUUGUGAGUGAUACCUUUGCAGCAGGAUUUUUCAAAUUGGUAAUACAGACAGCCCACAGUUUACUGUGCAAUUGCUUAGUGGCGAAUCAGUUUUACGGCACUUGUCAAAAAUAUUCAUUAAAAAAAUAAGGUAUUUUUACGGCACAAUUUUCGGGUCACAGUGCUGCUAGCGCCGUUAUGUCUAACGAAUUCAUACAUUUGUAGAAAUGCCGUUCAGACCAUAAAGGUUAUGCAAAUGAUAUUAAAAAAUUUUAUGGAGAGUUAUUACAUAGGUAUUAGGGUAAAAUGUAUGCCUCUGACGCUGUUCUAUGCCGAAAAUAUCGAGUUACACAAGUGCAAAUUUAGCUAUGGAUGUCGAUUUAUAAAUGUUCUUGCUUUUAUGUUUAAAAUGUGUAUGAAAAUGUAUUACUUAUAGGGUAUUUUGAUUUCUGCACAGAAAUAUGAUACAAAGGCAGCUUUUGAUACUGUCCUUCACAUUAUAAAAAAGGAUGUUUUUUGCAUGUUCGUUCUUGUUAGCCGCUGCCCUGCCACUCUUCCGAAAAAAUUGAGUUAAGAAAGUGCAAAUUUAGCAAUCGAUGUGUUCGAUUUAUGAAUGUUCAUGCUUUUAUGUUUAAAUUGUGUAUGAAAAUGUAUUACGUACGUAUAGAGUAUUUUUAUUUUCUGGCCGCGGAAAUAUGAUACAAAGGCAGCUUUUGAAACUGGCCUUCAAGUUAUCAAAUACGAUGUUUCUUCAUAUUCGUUUUCGUAAGGCACUGCCUGCCGCUCUUCCGAAAAUAUCGAGUUUGAAAGAAUGCAAAUUUAGCGAUCGAUGUGUCGAUUUUAUAAAUGUUCAUGCUUUUAAGUUUAAAAUGUGUAUGAAGAUAUAUUACGUAUAGGGUAUUUUUAUUUUUGUACAUAAAUAUGAUACAAAUUAAGGCAGCUUUUGUAACUACCCUCCACAUUGUCAGAGGAUGUUUUUUCAUGUUCGUUCUUGUCCGCCACUGUUCUGAAAAAUGCAUGGUGUUAUUUUAUUAAUUAUUCAUCUUUUCCAUAAAUCCCUUUAAAAAGUUAUACAUUACUUCACUGUAUCCAAUAAUAUUGUAUGUAUUCUCAUAUUAUUGUAUUAUAAAAUACUCUGGGAAAUCUAAGCCAGUAUUCCACGGAGCGGCCAAUGUUUUGGUUUGAAAUCAGCUGAUGGCGAAUACGAGUUUGUUUCGCCAUAUUUAACGCAAUUCUGAGCAAAUUUUCUUGCUUCUAGUUAGGAUAAACGAUUAUCUAGAUAACUUGACUUACAUGAGACAAGGUUAUUUUUCCUUAUACGACUUGUUUUUCGGUGGAAAUAUGAAUUGAAUAGGUCUCAUUGUGAUUGUGAACUAAUUUUUUUUUUCGUUAACAGAUUACGUUGGCAGCACGUUUAUUGCGUAAAAUAUUACGUGAUUCCGUUUGCAAUUUUCCUUUAUAUCAUCGUAAUACGAACUUUACUGUACUUAUCUUAUAUCGGAGUGAAACCAACAGUAAAAUGUGUUCUUUCAAGCACAGCAGUUUUGAUUAAAAUUAUUUUAUCUCAAUUUUAUCUGCGGUUGUGCUUGAUGGCAUACGUUUAAUGGAGUUUUAUCCUUGUUGCCGAUGCACGAUAAUAGUCAUUAGCAGCUUGAACAGUUUUCUCAACUUCAGUUAUAACUAGGUUUCAAUUUAACAUUAUAUUUCCCUAUUGAUCUUUGAUCUAUAUUGAUCUUUGAUCUAUAGUGAAUAAAGUUAUUACAUUAAGAGAUCUCUGUUCUAUUAUACAUAACGUCAUUUAUAACAACUACAGUAAUAGUGUACUAUAGAACGGUGAUUGAACUACAAGACAAACGGAUGUUAUCCAAUUCGGUUGUACUUAGAAAAAAAACCAGUUUUUUCUCGUUCGGUUGUUCAUGGCUGUACACGUAUACGCAACGAUUAUAACGUUAAAACCAUACUUUCAUCAUUCACUUUUGCUGUUUUUGAACUUAUGUAACUAGAAGAUGGGAUAAAGUUAGGCUAUUGUAAUUUGGUCUCUCAUAAAAUCUGAUUA